GGAUGUCGCCCGCCCCGGGCUCGCAAGGGCGGCUUUUCUGCCACACAGCGAGUGGUCGUCCAAAAGGCGGGCGUGACGCAGAAAUCUGCGGCCGGCCGGUGACCCACCGGGUCGCUCGUCGGGGCAGAGAAGGGGUCGGGUAGGAGGGCCAACUCCCUGCCCCUUUAGCUAAGGAAAAGAGGGGCGGGGUCCGCUGUUGGGUGGGCCAGUGGCCUCGCUUUCUUUCCCCCCCUGCUCAGUCAGCGAAGGGACCCGCCUUUUUCCUUUUUUUUCUUUUCUUUCCAUGAGUGACUCUUUGCUCCAGGGAGAUCUCCUCCCGGGCGGGCGGUACUUCCCCUCCUUUUCCCGCAUGUACCCCGCCCGCUCGCCCGUAUGGAGGGCGCUAUAAACGCGCCACCCGGCGCAAAGAGGGGGAAACGGCGCCGGGGGCGGCACUCGAAUGCUCUCCUCCAGGCGUUUCUCCCGAACCGAGCGCUGACAUGUGGCUACCGAGGCUGCUCCUGGUGACCCUCGCGGUAGCCGCCGGCCGGGGAAGAGGAACGGCCGAGGGGGCGCCGCCGGCUCCCUCGGACGCGCAGUGCCUGGACACGACGUGCUUCGCCUCGUUCUGGGAGGCGCGGAGCUUCUCCGAGGCGGGCGACGCCUGCGAGGGCGGAGGGGGACACCUCAUGACCGUGCGCUCCACGGUGGAGGCGGAGGCCAUUGCGCUGCUGUUGCGCGGCCGGGCGGGCAGCGCGUGGCUGGGCUUGCGCUUGCCCGAGGGCUCCUGCGUCCAGCCGGCGAAGCAGCUACGCGGCUUCCAGUGGGUCGCUGGCGAUGAGCGGACGGACUACGCGGCUUGGGCCAGCAACGGGACGAACGCGACGUCGGAGGCUCCCGCUUGCGGCCCCCGUUGCGUGGUGGUGACCCGGGAGCUGAAGUGGCGGGAGCGCGCCUGCGACGCCGCGGCGGACGGGUUCCUCUGCGAGUACAUCUACCCGGGACGACGCCGGCGCCUGCGUCUGCAUGGAGGGCUACGAGCCGGACGCGGACGGCCGAGGCUGCCGGGACGUGGACGACUGCCAGGCCGAGCCGGGGCCCUGCGAGCAGCAGUGCGUCAACACCGAGGGCGGCUUCGAGUGCCGCUGCUUCGCGGGCUUCGAGCUCGUGGAGGGCCGGUGCCGCUGCCCUGCUUGCCCCAGGACGACGCCGGCGCCUGCGUCUGCAUGGAGGGCUACGAGCCGGACGCGGACGGCCGAGGCUGCCGGGACGUGGACGACUGCCAGGCCGAGCCGGGGCCCUGCGAGCAGCAGUGCGUCAACACCGAGGGCGGCUUCGAGUGCCGCUGCUUCGCGGGCUUCGAGCUCGUGGAGGGCCGGUGCCUGGAGGACCAGCAGCGGUGCUUCGACUUGGCCUGCCAGCACGACUGCACGCGGGUGGAGGGCAGGUUCCGGUGCACCUGCUACGAAGGCUUUGUGCCCGACCGGCGGAAACCCCACGAGUGCGUCCUCUUCUGCAACCAGAGCCAGUGCCCCGCCCUGUGCGACCCGCACACUGGGGAAUCCUGUGACUGCCCCGACGGCUUCGUCCUGGACACCAAAAACGGGACAACUGUUUGCACGGAUAUUGAUGAGUGUGGGUCAGAGUAUUGCGGUGACUUGAAGUGUGUCAAUACUCCAGGCAGCUAUAUAUGUUCUUGUCCAGAUGGAAAGUUCUGUUUGGAAGAAGAGGAGUCCUCAGGGGAGACGGAACCAACAGUUCUUCCUGCUGCCUCACCAAAAUAUGGCCUCAGUCAAGGGAUGCUGGUUGGAAUCGCUGUUAGCGUCACAGUCGUGGUUGUCUUGUUGUGAACGGUUUUGUGCUAUAUGGUGAAGAAGCAUCCUUUUGCACAGACUGAAAAGGGUUACACAUGCCAUCCGACUAAGAGACUGGUGUGAUGCUGCAGCAUGUUAGUUCAAACAGUGCCUCUUUGAGACUGAAAAUAUAAGAGCUGUUAUGUUUGAAGGGAGGCAGGAGGUGAUGGGAAAGUGUAAUUAAAGCUGGAUAGAAAUAUUUAUGAAUUCCAAGGACAGAUAUGAUUCAAUUCACAGAUAACUUAAGGAAUCUUGGAUGCAUGUUUUCCCCUGGGAGCUAAGGAACAUGAGGGCAAUGGCCUGACUUGCAUACAGAUCACAAGACAGGAUAGACUAUGCGGUGUGGACUGUGUUAUCUAUUAACGGUUUUUUUCCACAGAUGUGACAAUAGUGCUUUAUCAUUUCUUCUGAUAGAGGGAUAGGCAGGCAUCAGGCUUAUGGAAUCUGUUUUUCACAAAAACAUCAGGAUCUACCAACUGGAGCCUGGAUCACAUAACAGAUUUGAACACCUCUAAGUCUGGAAAUUUGUUUUGUAGUACCAGAAUUCACUGUAGAACUGACUCAUUAUCGUUCUGUGCAAAAAUUCACUUAUAGCUUUAUGCAUCUUUAUUUCAGCAAUAUACAGUAAUUUAGGAGGAGAAGACAUAUUGCUGCUGUUUUUAAAAAACCUAAAACAGAACUUAGUUGAUUUAACAAAUAAACAUGCACACUCAAACUGUACAGAAGGAAGCUUAGGUAGACUGAUCACUGAGACUAGUGAUUUCGGUGAGAAAGCAGCAGGGUUCAGCUGUGAGACCAAGAUUCCUGCCCUGUUCUUAUGGAGAGUUGAAUGGGCCAGUACACUGUUUAGUUGUGAUCUAAUGUUCCUGCUUUUUCUUGGUGUUUUAUAAGAUAUGGACAUCCUAUAUUUCCAGUGGCGAUGUGGCUGUGUAAAAACUAUAGUCAGACCAACAAGGCAGAGGUUUCAUUAACAGGCAUUACCAAAUUAUUUCUAUGGAUGCUCUUGCUGACUGCAGUUGGAAAAUUCAACACAUAACUGAACUGUGACCCAAACCCUUUGGCUUCCAGUGUGUGUUUUCUGAUCUCUUUGGUGCUUUUACCUUCUUGAAAAACAGCAGAUGAAUGUUACCAAAACAUUACUGAAUGCAAUGAAGCUGCCAUUUUUUUGUAGUGGAAGAUGUUUUUAAAAGUAGUUAUGAAUGCCCUGAUGGCUCAUGGUGAAGGGGAAGGCAACCUCCUUUCCUGGUCUAUGAGCUGAAUGAUAAGGAAUAUUUUUAAUUAGUUCUAUUGUAAACUGUGCAAAAUUGUUAAAUAUUUAUUUAUUUAUAGGAAGUAUAUCAUUGCAAAAUUAUUUUGCCGUGCAGUAUAUGGAUAAUAAAGUCCAAGUAUACAUUUUAA